AUGGCAGCCGCCGUGGCAUGUGAAGUUGAUCUGAACGCCGCAGCGUCGGCCGCACGAGCCACGCCCACCGCUGUCGCCGCCGCUACCGCCGCUGCGCCCCUGUUCCCGGGGCGCCCCGACUUCCCGCGUGGCCUGAAUGUCCUUCUGAUCGACGACGCCGGCGCCGCCUGCUGCGGCGCAGCGCGCGCGCAGCUGGAGCAGCUUGGGUACGAAGUCGCCGUCCUGCCAGCACAUGCGCUCGCAACCGACCCUGCACAGAUGCGCCAGCAGCUGCUGCAGCAGCAAAGCGAGCCGCAGCCUGGCAGCUUCUCGCCCGCCGGGGGCGCCCUCUUCGACGUCGUGCUCGCCGACCUGCCCACCACCGCCGCCGCCGCCGGCGACGGCGGCGUGCGCGCGCUCGCAGCCGCGACCGGCGCCGUGGGCGUGCCGCUCGUCCUCAUGGGUGCGCGCUGCGGCGCGGCGCAGGUGAUGGAGGGUGUGGACGCCGGCGCGGCGGACUUCCUCGAGCGGCCGCUGAGCAGCCUCAAGCUGCAGAACCUCUGGCAGCACGCCGUCCGCCGCGCGAUGGCCGCGCGGCGCCCCUGCGCCUCGGCGGACGCCGCCGCCGGCGCCGCCGGCGCCCGCCGGAGGCUCACGCUCAAGCGCUGCGGCUCGUCGGCUGCGCCCUGCGGCGCGGUCUCCGUGUGCGCCGCAGCUUGGCCCGACGGCGGCGCGGACGAGCACGCGCCGGCCGUCUCGUCCCCCUAUGGCUGCGGCGCCGCGGCCUCGCCCUGCGGCCCCUCCCUGGAUGAGGAAGACGAACUGGAGGCGCUCGUCUUUGGCAGCCUGGACUGCGAUAUGGACCACCCCACGCACCUGGCCGGCGCCGACCUUGCCGCUGCCGCAUGCGACGCGCUCUGCGGCGCCGCACCCACGCCCGCGCACGCGCGCGCCGCCACGCUGGCGGGCGCCGGCGCCGGGCCGGCGCUGCUGCUGCCCGGCACGCCGUCGGCGGACUGCUCGGGGGGCAUGUCGCUGGAGGAUUCACUGGAGGACAGCUGGUGCUGCGACGGCCCGUUUGGGGGCGGCGGCGGCAGCGGCGCGGGCCUGCGCGGCGGCGCGGCGCACGCACUGACGGCCGCGGCGCUGGACGAACUCGAGCUCGGCCUGCGCUGUGGCGCGCCGCGCCCCUCCCAGCUCAUGCGGCUCGACUCCUUUUGA